AUGGCUGCGACUGACUCCUACUCUAGAAAUGGAGACAUGCCAUCCGAAGAGAUGUUCGAUCUUUACAGUGCGCCUGAUGCUCCUGCGAGCAAGAAGAAAGCAAGCACGCGGCAUCGCGGGGAAUGCAGCAAAAAGCCUCCGGCUAAGAAAUCCCGCACUGAGGACCCUCCAGCAGCUGGUCCUUCUAAAAAUAUAACACCACCUCCAUCUCCCCUCAAGCAGCAAACUCCGCCUGCACCGGUCGAGUCGACCCCUUCCCCACCAGCUCCUGCCAUGCUGACCAUGACUGUCGGUCGGCUCCGCUCGGGGGUCAUCACCGAGCAAUCCAAGGCAUCUGAGCAAUGGCACACUGAGGAGCUUAAGGCCGUCGAAGCGAAAUAUGUCGAGCAGCUUGAGAUGGCUCAGAAGGUAAAUGCGGCAUUGCUCGAGGAGAAAAAUAAACUAGCUGAGGAGAUGAAGGGAAAACAGACUACCCUGGACAAAGCCCUUGAAGCUAAGGAGAAGUACAAAGAGUCUCACCUCAUCAAUUUUCGCAAAGCCAAAAAGCUCGAGGCGGACCUGAUCGAGAGCAGGCAAGAGGCUGAAAACUUGGAGGCUUGGAUCAACAAUCUUGAAAAAGCCAACACCAGCAAUCUGGAAAGGAACAAGGGCGCCACGUCCAAGUGUUUCUAUGAUUUCUGGAAACACAAUCAAGGGGCCAAUUUUAGCUAUCUCCCCGAGCGCAUGAGGCAAACUGAAAUAGCCCGGUGCGUUGCUCGCUUGGCAGAAGAAGAAAGAGAGAAGAUCCCAGCUUCGCCUGAAAUCUCUUUGGCCACUGGCGUUGAAGGUACGAAUAAUGAAGCCGAAGCUGCAGCCGACCAGGAAAAUCCACAAGACCCUCAUGCCUCGUGA